AUGAUGAAUGAACGGGGCCAGAAUCAGCAGCACGCUGCUCAAUCUCAUCAUCACCAAGCACCAGCGGGAGACUCUGCGGCGGAGAAAAGACAAGCAGCGGACGAACCGAUCCGCGAGCUCCAAUCCAUCUCACCCGCCAUCUUCGUACCGAUAUCGAAGACAGCAGACGAUCUCGCCGCCUUACCACCCUUCGUCCCGCCGGCAAACCGCGUAGCGGCGCUCGAGGCAACGCUUCCCACUCUCGAAGCCCACGCCCUCGAGGUCCGCGCCAACGCCCUCGACCUCAUCCGCCGCGAGUGCGUCCGCAUCAUGCAAAUGGACCUCGCCGCCCCCGUCUCCGUACCCCACGACCAGUCUCCGGCCUCUCCGAGCCAUCCAACCCAACGUCCCGGCAUCCUCGCCCCCGAUGACGCCGCUGCCAUGAUCGCCAACAUGACGGCCCCCGCCGCGGAUGCGGCCAAGAUCGACAUGGAUAAUAGGACCAUGCCCCAGCCCACCUUCAACGGCAUCGACACCACCACCACCCCCGCCCUCUGGCGCACAAAGGUCAUCAUGUCCUGCGUUUCGAGGGCCAUGAGCGAAAUAAAUCGGCUCGACGCCAAUGUCGCCCGCAGCAGGGACCUUCUCGAACAGGCACUGAAGCGAGAGCGAGAAAGCGAGAAUCAGUCGCACUAG